AUGCUAUUUGAUAAACCCAUUUUGGAGCUUGCGAUAACCUGUGUGCGCUGGCCCUCUCGUCGACCGGCUGGUGGUGCUCGACUCGCCGGUAGGCUUUCUCGGGGAUGCCAGCUUUUUGACGACCGCGCACUUUCUCAGAUCCGAUUCCGAUUAGUUUUCCGACGCUCUCCGAUCAGCUUGAGAUUUUUGGCCGGACAAAAGAUGAGUCAAGUAUUCGAAGGUUACGAACGUCAAUACUGUGAGGUCUCAGCUAAUCUGUCCAAAAAGAUUACUUCAGCUGGUCUUCUUGAUGGCGAACAGAAGAAACAGAAAUUAUCUGAAAUUAAUGGAGAUAUAGACAAUGCUGAGACUCUGAUACGUAAAAUGGAUCUAGAGGCUAGAAGCUUACCCCCAAGUGUGAAAGCUACUCUUCUUGCCAAGUUGAGAGAAUAUAAAACUGAUUUGAACAACUUGAAAACGGAAAUAAAGAGAAUCACGUCAGCUAAUGCCAAUCUAGCAGCGCGGGAUGAAUUGCUGGAAUCAGGAAUGGCGGACACAUUGACGGCAUCUGCUGAUCAAAGAGGAAGGUUGCUCAUGUCAACUGAGAGACUGAAUAAGUCGGGUGAAAGGAUUAGGGAAAGUCGAAAAACAAUGCUGGAAACUGAGGAUCUUGGAGUCUCGAUCCUUCAAGAUUUGCACCAGCAACGCCAAUCUCUCCUGCACGCCCAUAACACGCUCCAUGGUGUGGAUGACAACAUUAGCCGGAGCAAAAAAAUUCUGACAAAUAUGUCGAGAAGAAUGAGCAGAAACAAGUGGAUCAUUGGUGCUGUUAUCACGGUCCUUGUUAUAGCAAUACUUCUCAUUCUUUACUUCAAGCUUACCCAUUAA